UACUCACAGGGAGCAGGGAGAGUGAUCCCCGCCCCGGCUGGCUCAGCAGGGCAGGCUUGCCCAGCGGCUCCCCCGCCCAGUCCCCGAGGCAGGGGCACUGGGGACGCAGGGAGGAGAGGGCGGAGGCUGGGUGAGCAGGGGAGCGUGAGGGUACCGGGGAGCCAUGGAGCCGUCCUUGCCCCAGGAUGAGGGCCUGAGGAAGAAACAGCCCAAGAAGCCUGUUCCCGAGGUCCUGCCCAGGCCGCCCCGGGCCUUGUUCUGUUUGACCCUCGAGAACCCCGUGAGGAAAGCCUGCAUCAGCAUCGUGGAAUGGAAACCCUUCGAGACCAUCAUCUUACUCACCAUCUUUGCCAACUGUGUGGCGCUGGCCGUGUACCUGCCCAUGCCGGAGGAUGACAACAACCCUCUGAACCUCGGCCUGGUAAGAUGGACCUUCCCGUCCUCCUUCCUCAUCUUCUUCUCCAUCCAGGCCUCAAUGAAGAUCAUCGCUUACGGCUUCCUGUUCCACCAGGACGCCUACCUGCGCAGCGGCUGGAACGUGCUGGACUUCAUCAUCGUCUUCCUGGGGGUCUUCACCGUGAUCCUGGAGCAGGUUAACAUUAUCCAGAGCAACACAGCCCCGAUGAGCAGCAAGGGAGCCGGCCUGGAUGUCAAGGCGCUGAGAGCCUUCCGCGUGCUCAGGCCCCUGCGGCUGGUGUCCGGGGUGCCAAGCCUGCAGGUGGUCCUCAACUCCAUCUUCAAGGCCAUGCUGCCCCUGUUCCACAUCGCCCUGCUGGUCCUCUUCAUGGUCAUCAUCUACGCCAUCAUCGGGCUGGAGCUCUUCAAGGGCAAGAUGCACAAGACCUGCUACUUCAUCGGGACGGACAUCGUGGCCACGGUGGAGAAUGAGAAGCCGUCGCCCUGCGCCCGGACGGGCUCAGGCCGCCCCUGCACCAUCAACGGCAGCGAGUGCCGGGGCGGCUGGCCGGGGCCCAACCACGGCAUCACCCACUUCGACAACUUCGGCUUCUCCAUGCUCACUGUGUACCAGUGCAUCACCAUGGAGGGCUGGACCGACGUCCUCUACUGGGUCAACGACGCCAUCGGGAACGAGUGGCCCUGGAUCUACUUUGUCACCCUCAUUCUGCUGGGCUCCUUCUUCAUCCUCAACCUGGUGCUGGGCGUCCUGAGUGGGGAGUUCACCAAGGAACGGGAGAAGGCCAAGUCCAGGGGAACCUUCCAGAAGCUGCGGGAGAAGCAGCAGCUGGAGGAGGACCUCCGGGGCUACCUGAGCUGGAUCACGCAGGGCGAGGUCAUGGACGUGGACGACUUGAAAGAAGGGAAGCUGGCUUUGGAUGAAGGCGGCUCAGACACGGAGAGCUUGUACGAAAUCGCGGGCUUGAACAAAAUCAUCCAGUUUGUCCGUCACUGGAGGCAGUGGAACCGCAUCUUCCGCUGGAAGUGCCAUGACGUGGUGAAGUCCAGGGUCUUCUACUGGCUGGUCAUCCUGAUCGUUGCCCUCAACACCCUGUCCAUCGCCUCCGAGCACCACCACCAGCCUCUCUGGUUGACCCACUUGCAAGACGUGGCCAACCGCGUGCUGCUGUCCCUGUUCACGGUGGAGAUGCUGAUGAAGAUGUAUGGGCUGGGCCUGCGCCAGUACUUCAUGUCCAUCUUCAACCGCUUCGACUGCUUCGUGGUGUGCAGCGGCAUCCUGGAGGUCCUGCUGGUGGAGUCGGGCGCCAUGACGCCCCUGGGCAUCUCCGUGCUGCGCUGCAUCCGCCUCCUCCGGAUCUUCAAGAUCACCAAGUACUGGACGUCCCUGAGCAACCUGGUGGCCUCCCUGCUCAACUCCAUCCGCUCCAUCGCCUCCCUGCUGCUGCUGCUCUUCCUCUUCAUCGUCAUCUUCGCCCUGCUGGGCAUGCAGCUCUUCGGGGGCAGGUUCGACUUCGAGGACACCGAGGUGCGGCGCAGCAACUUUGACAACUUCCCGCAGGCCCUCAUCAGCGUCUUCCAGGUCCUGACGGGCGAGGACUGGAACUCCGUGAUGUACAAUGGGAUCCUGGCCUACGGCGGGCCAACAUACCCCGGGGUGCUCGUGUCCAUCUACUUCAUCAUCCUGUUCGUCUGCGGCAACUACAUCCUGCUCAACGUCUUCCUGGCCAUCGCCGUGGACAACCUGGCAGAGGCGGAGAGCCUGACUUCUGCCCAGAAGGCCAAGGCCGAGGAGCGGAGGCGGAGGAAGAUGUCCAAGGGGCUCCCGGACAAGUCAGAGGAGGAGAAGACAACGCUGACCAAGAAGCUGGACCAGAAACCCAAGGGGGAGGGCAUCCCCACCACAGCCAAGCUGAAGAUCGACGAGUUUGAGUCCAACGUCAAUGAGGUGAAGGACCCCUACCCCUCGGCCGACUUCCCAGGGGAUGAUGAAGAAGAUGAGCCCGAGGUGCCAAUAAGCCCCCGGCCACGUCCGCUGGCCGAGCUGCAGCUGAAGGAGAAGGCCGUGCCCAUCCCAGAUGCCAGCGCCUUCUUCAUCUUCAGCCCCACCAACAGGAUCCGUAUCCUCUGUCACCGUAUUGUCAACGCCACCUGGUUCACCAACUUCAUCCUGCUCUUCAUCCUGCUCAGCAGUGCGGCGCUGGCUGCCGAGGACCCCAUCAGGGCUGAGUCCGUGAGGAAUCAGAUCCUUGGGUAUUUUGAUAUCGCAUUCACCUCUGUCUUCACUGUGGAGAUUGUCCUCAAGAUGACCACCUACGGGGCCUUCCUGCACAAGGGCUCCUUCUGCCGCAACUACUUCAACAUGCUGGACCUGCUGGUGGUGGCCGUGUCCCUCAUCUCCAUGGGACUUGAGUCCAGCACCAUCUCUGUGGUGAAAAUCCUGAGGGUACUGAGAGUGCUCCGACCACUCCGGGCCAUCAACAGAGCCAAAGGGCUGAAGCACGUGGUGCAGUGCGUGUUUGUGGCCAUCCGCACCAUCGGGAACAUCGUCCUGGUCACCACGCUGCUCCAGUUCAUGUUCGCCUGCAUCGGUGUCCAGCUCUUCAAGGGGAAGUUCUUCAGCUGCAAUGAUGUGUCCAAGAUGACAGAGGAGGAGUGCAGGGGCUACUACUACGUGUACAAGGAUGGGGACCCCACGCAGGUGGAGUUGCGUCCCCGCCAGUGGAUACACAACGACUUCCACUUCGACAACGUGCUCUCGGCCAUGAUGUCACUCUUCACGGUGUCCACCUUCGAGGGAUGGCCGGAGCUGCUGUACAAGGCCAUUGAUGCUAAUGAGGAGGACAAGGGCCCCGUGUACAACCACCGUGUGGAGAUGGCCAUCUUCUUCAUCAUCUACAUCAUCCUCAUCGCCUUCUUCAUGAUGAACAUCUUCGUGGGCUUUGUCAUCGUCACCUUCCAGGAGCAGGGGGAGACGGAGUACAAGAACUGCGAGCUGGACAAGAACCAGCGCCAGUGUGUGCAGUACGCCCUGAAGGCCCGCCCCCUGAGGUGCUACAUCCCCAAAAACCCAUACCAGUACCAGGUGUGGUACGUCGUCACCUCCUCCUACUUCGAGUACCUGAUGUUCGCCCUCAUCAUGCUCAACACCAUCUGCCUGGGCAUGCAGCACUACAACCAGUCAGAGCAGAUGAACCACAUCUCAGACAUCCUCAACGUGGCCUUCACCGUCAUCUUCACCCUGGAGAUGAUCCUCAAGCUCAUGGCGUUCAAGGCCAGGGGAUACUUUGGGGACCCCUGGAACGUGUUUGACUUCCUGAUUGUCAUCGGCAGCAUCAUCGACGUCAUUCUCAGCGAGAUCGACACUUUCCUGGCCUCCAGCGGGGGACUGUAUUGCCUGGGUGGCGGCUGCGGGAACGUUGACCCCGACGAGAGCGCCCGCAUCUCCAGCGCCUUUUUCCGCCUGUUCCGCGUCAUGAGGCUGAUCAAGCUGCUGAGCCGCGCGGAGGGCGUGCGCACGCUGCUCUGGACCUUCAUCAAGUCCUUCCAGGCCCUGCCCUACGUGGCUCUGCUCAUCGUCAUGCUCUUUUUCAUCUACGCCGUCAUCGGCAUGCAGAUGUUUGGGAAGAUCGCCAUGGUGGACGGGACCCAGAUCAACCGAAACAACAACUUCCAGACCUUCCCCCAGGCCGUGCUGCUGCUCUUCAGGUGCGCCACAGGCGAGGCGUGGCAGGAGAUCCUGCUGGCCUGCAGCUACGGCAAGCUGUGCGACCCCGAGUCGGACUACGCCCCCGGGGAGGAGCACACGUGCGGCACCAGCUUCGCCUACUACUACUUCAUCAGCUUCUACAUGCUGUGCGCCUUCCUGAUCAUCAACCUCUUUGUGGCCGUCAUCAUGGACAACUUCGACUACCUCACGCGGGACUGGUCCAUCCUGGGUCCCCACCACCUGGACGAGUUCAAGGCCAUCUGGGCAGAGUAUGACCCGGAGGCUAAGGGCAGAAUCAAACAUCUGGAUGUGGUGACCCUGCUGAGAAGGAUCCAGCCCCCUCUGGGCUUUGGGAAGUUCUGCCCACACCGGGUGGCGUGUAAGCGGCUGGUGGGCAUGAACAUGCCCCUGAACAGCGAUGGUACGGUCACCUUCAAUGCCACCCUCUUUGCUCUGGUCCGCACAGCGCUCAAGAUCAAGACGGAAGGCAACUUCGAGCAGGCCAACGAGGAGCUGCGGGCCAUCAUCAAGAAGAUCUGGAAGAGAACCAGCAUGAAGCUCCUGGACCAGGUCAUCCCUCCAAUAGGAGAUGAUGAGGUGAGUGGGAAGUUCUACGCCACGUUUCUCAUCCAGGAGCACUUCCGAAAGUUCAUGAAGCGCCAGGAGGAGUAUUACGGGUAUCGGCCCAAGAAGGACGCUGUGCAGAUCCAGGCCGGGCUGCGGACCAUUGAGGAAGAGGCAGCCCCUGAGAUCCGCCGCACCAUCUCAGGGGACCUGAUGGCUGAGGAGGAGCUGGAGAGAGCCAUGGCGGAGGCCGCGAUGGAGGAAGGGAUAUUCCGGAGGACCGGAGGCCUGUUCGGCCAGGUGGACAACUUCCUGGAAAGGACCAACUCCCUGCCGCACGUCAUGGCCAACCAGAGGCCCCUCCAGUUCACUGAUGAGAUGGAGGAGCUGGAAUCGCCUGUCUUCUUGGAGGACUUCCCUCAGCAUCCAAGCACCAACCCCCUGGCUCGAGCCAACACCAACAAUGCCAACGCCAACGCCAUCGCCACGGGUGGCAGCAGCAACCAUGGCAACUGCUGGGCGUUCUCCAGCGUCCACUACAAGGGGGAGUUCCCGGGAGAGACAGAGACACCUGCCGCCAGGGGAGGAGCCUUCGGCCAGCACUGGGGGACCCUGGGCCCCCACAGCAAAUCCCGUGUGGAAAGGCUGCAGGGACCUCGGACCCAGAGAGCUGUGCCCGGAGCGCAGGCACCUCCCACCCCUUGCCAGGCGUGGGUGGAGUCUCCCGUGGCUGAGGAAAGGAGCCCCACACGAGAGUCCCUGCCCAAGGAGGCACCCCCUGGCAAUAGGACUGAGGACCGUAUCCCCAGGUGCCCAGCUCCAGCCACAGCCUUGCUGAUCCGAGAGGCUCUGGUUCGAGGGGGCCUGGACACCCUGGCAACUGACGCUAACUUUGUCAAGACAACAGGCCAGGCCCUGGCCGAGGCCUGCCAGAUGGAACCAGAGGAGGUGGAGGCGGCAGCAGCAGAGCUUCUGAAGGGGCGCGAGGCCCCAGAGGGCGUGGCCAGCGCCCCGGGGUGCUUGGGCCUCGGGUCCUCCCUGGGCAGCCUCGACCAGCUUCAGGGCUCCCAGGACACCCUUAUUCCCCGCAGGCUGUGAAGGCCGCGUGGCCAGCGUGGGCUUAGAGCGAGCCUGGCCGAGGGUGGGGCCAGGGAGGGCUCGGCCCGCCGCGCCGCUGCAGCCUCCCUGUCUCAGCAGCCAGGCAGCAGACCGGUGGGGGUGGUCAGGAACCACCUCCAAGGUCGGGAGGGAGGCUGACAGCCCUUCUCCUCACCAGCAAGGGGUGCGACUGGGUGCAGUUUCUGGUGUUAUUCAAACAGGCCUGGGCAGUGCCAGCAGGACAUUAAAGUCUCGGGCCUGUGGCAGGGCA